AUGAAGAUCCGUAGGAGGCACACGUUCUUCUCCGACAAGAUAUGCAUUGUCGGGGAGGAUAGUAAAGUCACAAAAGUGGAUUUUGGAAAAGAAACAAGGAAUGCAUUUUCUGCAACUAUUCAUAAUUAUGUUCCAAGUACAAACGAUGACGUUGAACAGAAGGAAAGACCUCUAGAUGAAGGGAUCAUCGAGACCGCAAAAGAAGAUGAGAUGAUAAUGAAGCAACGUAUGAUCAACAAAGGUCUUAAAGUCACAGAGGACAGAGAGAGCGACACUUACAAGAUCGAGAGUGAUGCAGUGGUAGUGGGUUCUAGCUGUGGUGGAGGAGUUGCAGCUGCAAACCUAGCAAAGUCAGGCCUUAGAGUAGUAGUUCUCGAGAAAGGGAACUACUUUGUGCCACGAGACUACUCUACUCUCGAAGAAUGGUCAGUGGAUCGAAGGAUUCCAAUAUUUUCUAGAGAGAAAUAUAAGGCGGCUAUGAAUAUAGUUGCUAACACCUAA